AUGUGUCUGGAUGUGUCUUAUUAUCCUGCUGUACCACACUGCUGUUCUCCUUCACCUGGCUUCUGCACACCAGUUUCAGAUGAGAUGAAGAGAGAAUCCGCUGAUAUUACUAUUGCAGAAAUGAGCCACACAGACAUCUGUGAAGAUAACAGGAUCUGCUUGGACGAUUAUAUGGAGCCAAAGAUAGACAUCAGACAAGAUGGGAGAGACGAGAGGAAACGAAGCAGUCGGACUUCAUCUUUACCCAGCCUAUGGAAUGGGAAAAAAGACUGGGGUAAAACAAGGCACCUGCAUCCAUUGCUUACCUUGAGUUCCUCAUCAAUACCAGCUCUUCCUGCUGCUCCUGUUAACCAGCUCAGUAAGUCUGCACCGGUCCUGAUGAACCCUCUUCUAUGCGCAAGUGGGCUGCUGCAGGCACGGGCUAACAUUCAGAACAGGCUUAGAGGUGUUGAAAUUGGGGAAGAUGAAAGACAAAAGAUGUUGCCGACUCCAUUUUCUAGGACACCUAAACAUAUUGCUCCACUGGACAGCAGAUAUACGGACAACUCUGCACACUCAAGUUUUGAGCACCCACUGCUCUUUAAACAAAGUAGCAUUUUUCCUGUUUUAUCACAUUCCAGACGAAGACUAGCAAAAAUCUCCAGGCAGUCUUCCAGAAGAUCCAGAGGCACUAGAGCAGGCAGUGAAGAAAGCAACUCCUGCAGCAGUAGCAGCCAAGAAGAGGAUGAGGCUUUGCCUCAAGUUACACAGAAGAGGCAUGUAGGCUUAGAGAAGUCAAUGAAUUUUGAAUUGGAAAACUGUUUGGAUUAUCAGGAUUUAGUCAGUUCUGUAAUUAACAUUAGUGUUUCAGACAAAAUUAAAGGCUGUAUUAAAUCACCCAUUGCUACAGAGUUUGGAGCUAAAAUAAAACGCAAGUCUUCCAAAACACCUGAAAAGGAUCUUCAGGAAAAGUCUCCACCUGUGGACUGCUGCCAUGCGUCUGAAGGACCAAGAAAUAUAGUCAGAGAAUUACAACCUACAGCAAGAAGAUCCCAUUUUAUUGCAGGUGAGAAAAAUGUAUCCAAUCUGAAUGUGAACACGGAAGAAAAAAGCACACAUGACAAGAACAAACCAGUUAAGAUGGUUAAAAGAAAUGAGAGAAAAGGCAAAACAUCGAUUCAGACAAAUCAGUCAUUCAAUGUGCUUGCACACAGAAAUCAAAGUACUGGGAAAAUCUCAUCCAAAAGGAUAAAUUCACCAACUCAGCAAAAAGUGCAACUCAGAGGAAAUAAAGCUACAAGCCCUGCUAUUGGAGAAACUACAAACAAAUACGGAACUUGUAAAAAAAUUGCAGAUGAAGGCCCCACACCAAGAAGAGUCUCUGAACAUUUUCAGCAUGUGGUGUCAACUGAUCAAAAACAACUUCACAGAGACCUUAAAAGUGCAAGAGCCCCCAAAAAGGCAGUAACAGGACCAGCACAGCGAGCAAGAUCUGCUGUGGAUUAUGCCACCUACAAUGACAUGUUUCUGAAAAUCGGUCAGGGAGAUGAAGGUCCAGCAAUCUAUGAAAUGUUUGCAACUCCACUGUAUGAAAAUCUUAGAGCAGACAGCUCUUCAGAGAGAAAAAGACAGAUCCAUACACCACUUCAAGUUAAAAGACAGAUCAGUGGAAAAUUGAAGGGCCAAAAAACAGUGGAUGUUAACAGAAGGAAAAAAACAGCAGAGAGAUCCAGUAGAGUUAAAUGCAGGCAACUCAAACAGAGAGAAAAUGCUAACAAAGUGACUAAGAAACACCCACCUCCUUCAGAGAGUAAGUGCCAUGUCUUCGUAACUUCUGCUUCUGAAACUAGCCAGCGGAAGAAAUUUGAAAUGCCUGAGGGUGAAGGAAAGGACAUUUCAAGUGUAAAAAGGCAAUGUACUUCUAUACUGUCAGUGAUUGAAGAAGUACUUUCCAACACAGCAUCCAAAACAAAUAUCAUAAGGGACAUAAUACAUCAAGAACAGACUCCACUGAAUGCAGAUGCCAAAAAGGAGCCUGAAGUAUUGUGUGUGACCAGAUUACCAGCACAGCCAUUGAUCAAUACCUGGACAAGUGAUGGAACAGCAUCACCUGUGUACCAAAGGUUUCUAGAGGGAGUCGGUGAUGGACCUCUUACUGAUGACCUGCUGCGGUCUUUGGCAGAGGAACUGCUCUUACUUGAGAGAAGAGAUAUUGAAACUCUGAAGACUGAAAAGGAAGAUGGCACAGAGUUUAAUUGUGACUUGCCUUCAAAAUUCAAGAUUCUUCUGAAUGAGGGUGUUUCAUCAGGCAAACUACAUUACACUUUUGGAUCUUGUUCAGGUGAUGCCAUCACAUGGACAAAAGGAGAAGUUCUGGGUAAAGGAGCUUACGGAACAGUGUAUUGUGGGUUAACCAGUCAAGGUCAGCUGAUUGCAGUUAAACAGGUGGCACUGGAUGCUACAACUCCAGAGAUAGCAGAAAAAGAGUAUGAUCGCCUAGAGAGAGAGGUUGAUCUCCUGAAGAACCUUAAACACACCAACAUUGUUGGUUUUUUGGGCACAGCUCUGUGUGAAAAUAUUGUAAGCAUCUUCAUGGAGUAUAUUCCAGGUGGCUCCAUCUCAAAUAUCCUAAGCCAGUUUGGUCCCUUACCAGAGAAGGUGUUUGUUCUGUACAGCCAACAGAUUUUGGAAGGCGUUGCCUACCUACAUGCCAACAGGGUAAUCCAUAGAGACCUGAAGGGGAACAACAUCAUGCUUAUGCCCACUGGAGUGGUCAAGCUAAUUGACUUUGGUUGUGCUCGACGUCUUAGCUGUCUUCAAACCUCAACUGGAAGUAAGGGCGAUCUUUUGAAAUCUGUCCAUGGUACCCCAUACUGGAUGGCACCAGAGGUUAUAAAUGAGACUGGUCAUGGACGAAAAUCUGACAUCUGGAGCAUUGGCUGCACUGUCUUUGAAAUGGCCACAGGAAAGCCACCACUCGCACACAUGAAUAAAAUGGCAGCUCUUUUUUACAUUGGGGCUCGAAGGGGGUUAAUGCCUUCUCUGUCUGAUGACUUUUCUACAGAUGCAAAGGACUUUGUCCAGGCUUGCUUAACCAGAGAUCAAAGACAACGACCUUCAGCAGAGGAACUGUUAAGACAUCCAUUCAUUUUUCAUCACAGCAAAGCCUGCUAUAGGACAAUAAACUAAAAACUCUUAAUUUACCAAUCAAAAUGUCAAGCAAAGUCACAUUGUGACCCAACAUAUAUUGACGUGGACAAGUUUAUAAUUUACAAAAACACAUGAAGUUCUGUAAAUAGUCAUUUGAUAAAUGUGCCAAUAGGUUCUUAACACAAUAAAUGAUCACAUACACAAAGACUGAGGUUAAGGUAGUGGAAACCAUGGAAUUUAUUUUUUUAAAUCUAAAUAAAAUUUGGAAAAUACCAAAAAAAAAAAAAAA